UGGUUGCAACACUCUCAGUCAGACUCUAGUCGCUUUGCCGCUUGGAUCAGGCGUGUCGCGCCGGCAAACGGAGAGGGCGAGAGAGGCAAGUCACCCCGACAUGUGGAGUGAGUGUGUGUAGUGACAUAACAGUGCAGUUGCAGUCCAAACAAUAAUAGCGUGGAAGUGCUUAGCAAUGGAUACCAAAAGCUCGAUCUGUUCACACGAGUGGCACAUCCCGCGGCCGUCGCUGUCCGGCAGCAGCGACUCGCGUUCGCGCGGCGGCUCCGCCUCCAGUCAAGGCUCUUCCAGCAACCACAGCACCCACAGCGUGUCAUCGGGUUCGCUACUGUUAAGCGCUGCGCACCUCGCUCGCAUACACGGAAGAACUACGGAGCAGCCCCACCCCCCAAGAUUGGGCAACAGCCGCAUAUCUAACUACGAGACUGCCGUGGUCACAAUUCCCGAAGAAACGAAAGAUUCAGACUUACAAAGUAAUUACUGGAAGGACGUGAAGCGAGCGCCAGAGGCGGACACGGCGUCUAUAGCCAGCUCAACCCAUUUUACGGUCGUGAAUGGGUUCACGAAGCACCGAACUACGAAGGAACCAAAGUCCUGCUGCUGCAGCCAUUCGCACCAGAUUACUGUCCUCGUCAUAUCGAUGACGAUUCUGUUCUCUGCGUGCAUUCUCGCGGCUAUAUGUUUUGUUGAAAUGAGAAUGCGGAAAGAGACCGGCAUGUACAAGUACUCUUAGAAGAAAUCUUAACCUUAAGAUUCUGAAGCUGCACAAUAUUGACUGCUUAAUCUUCGAUUAAUCUAACUUGCAACGUGAACUUUAUCUCCUACGGAUCAAAUGUGUUUUUGCAAGAAAACAAUUGAGGUAGCCAGUAAUAAAGUCAGUAGCGGAUCUGCAGCGCGUCAUAGUAUUAUAAAUGUAAUGUAUAGGUACUUAACAGUAAAGUCACUA